AUAACCCAAUCCCAAACCCAGAUUUUUAUUAUCAACACUCAUCUCAUCACUCUCUCAACUCAACUCAACUCAACUCAACAACACCAUCAUCGACACUCCUCUUUCUCCUCCCUCCUCCAACCCCCCCGGCCCCUUCCUUUUUCUCUCUUUCCAUUUUCUUCCUAUUUUUUUUCUCCCGUAUACAACAGUGCCACCCACUACCGCCACCUCCACCACCUCCACCACCAUACUUCCAUUCCUGCAACUGUGACAUCUCAUACUUCCAUCUAAUCUCCACCAAAAAACCUAACCCUAAAAAGCAAACCUUUUUUGGUUUUUUAAAUAUUGUUACUUUCACUCACCCUAGAUGUUAGAGCCAUGGACAUAACCCCAACAACAACCAUAAACAACACCACUCCCAGUGCAACAACAAAAUCCCCAGAACAUGACACCGAAACACCCACCAGGAUCAACACCCCCACCGCAACCAAGGCCUUGUCUUUCUCCAACGGGGUCCUCAAGCGACACCAUCACCACCACCACCACCCCAUCCCCGCCGCCGUCACCUACAAGGAAUGCCUCAAAAACCACGCCGCCAACUUGGGUGGGCACGCUUUAGAUGGAUGCGGCGAGUUCAUGCCGUCCCCCACAGCCACUGCCGCCGACCCCAGCUCCAUUAAAUGCGCAGCAUGCGGCUGCCACCGCAACUUCCACCGCCGCGAGCCAGAUGAGCCGCCCAUCGCAUCCACCACGCAUGUGAUCGAGUACCAGCCGCACCAUCGCCACCACCCUCCGCCUCCGUUCCAGGCAGCGGGGGCGAAUCGAAGUCCGAAUUCUGCAUCCCCGCCGCCGAUCUCCUCCUCUUACUACCCCUCCGCUCCGCACAUGCUCCUUGCCCUUUCCGCCGGGCUCGCCGCUCCGCCUGAGAGCACGGCCGCACCCUCCGCGCUCACCAGAAAGCGCUUUAGAACCAAGUUCAGCCAGGAGCAGAAGGAGAAGAUGCACAAGUUCGCUGAGAAAGUAGGGUGGAAGAUGCAGAAGAGAGACGAAGAUUUGAUUCACGAGUUUUGCAACGAGAUUGGCGUGGAUAGAAGCGUUCUCAAGGUUUGGAUGCACAACAACAAAAACACCUUGGCCAAAAAAGAUAAUAAUGUUAAUAUUACUAGCAAUGAUAAUAUUACUAAUAAUAUUAAUGAUAAUGAUGCAAAUGGGGGUGUCAAGGGUUUUGAAGAAGACCCUAAUAGCAACAUCGGUGGUGGUGCUGAAGAUCACAGUGAGGAUCCGAGUCGCAAUCACUUUGGUGGGUUGAACGUUGGUGCUAAUGCUAACGGGUCUUCUUCUACUUCUUGAUCUGUGAGGGGGUGAAGAAUAAUGUGUUAGAUAGGUUAAUGAUCACGAUGCUGUUGUUGAUGAUGUUACUACCAGUUAAUUAAUUAGUGGUUUAAUUUCCUUUUUUUAAAUAUUGUUGAUGAGACGAUGAUGAUCAAGCACCUUAAUGGGAGAGAAUGAUAUAUCCAGAAGGGAAUUUAUUUUGCUUUCUAAGCUUUUAA